AUGGCGAGGGCGGGCGCCCGACAGGCUGCAGCAACGCACCGGCUGACGAAGCGGCCGCUCGCUCGGCUCCAGGCGGACUGCGGGGCUCCACCUCCCGCACGCGGCUUUUCAAGUCCGCCUCACUGCCCCCGGCGCGGAGCGCCACAAGGCGGACCCUUCAUGCCCAAGAUCGACAACAAGGGAACCAUUCGGCCUCUUGGGACUCUGGCCGAGAACGUCAUGUGGCCACCCAACCACAGGAAUGCCAAAGAAAAAUGCCAGGGUGAACCUGAAGUGCAGCUCAUCAAAAGCAUCUGCUCUGUUUCUUCGGGUUUGGUGGCGCCGCCGCGCCGCCCCGCGGCUGCCCGGGCGGAAGCGGGGAGCUCCUCGGAGAGCCCGUCUCGCCAAGGGGCCAAGCCCGCGGCCCAGGCCGGCGGGGGCGGCCGCGCGCGGGAGAGCUUCCCGGCCGCGGCCGCCGCUGACGCCCGGGCCGCAGCAGCCGCGAUGGCGGGGAGGCGCGGGCCCGCGCUGGGGCCGCUGGUGCUGCUGGGGCUGCUGCUGCUGCUGCUGCUGCUGGCCGGGCCCGGGCCCGGCGUGCGGGCGGCGCGGGGCCGCGGCGCCGACAAGCAGAACAGCCUCCGGCGGGCGGCCAGCGGCGUCUACCAGGGCGUGAGCGGCCUCUUCGGCGAGGAGAACGUGCGCGCCCUGCAAAAGUUUUUCUCCAGACUGACAGAGCGAUUUGUAUAUGGUGUGGAUGUUCUGGUGGAUACGCUCUGGAGAAUGUGGAUAGAUAUCCUGGAUGUCCUUGGGAUUGAUGGUUCCAACCUGACCCAUUACUUCAGCCCUGGGGCCCUCUCCAACAGCCCUGCCCGGGCCCUCUUGCUGAUCGGUGCUGUCCUGCUUGCCUACUGGCUGCUGUCGCUCCUCCUCGGGCUCUUUUUCUAUCUCUUGCACGUGCUCUGUGGCCGAUUCUUCUGGAUCGUGAGGGUGGCCCUCUUCGCACUUUCCUGCGUGUACAUCCUCCAGAAGUACGAAGGUGAGCCCGAGAAUGCGGUCCUCCCCCUGUGCUUUGUCGUGGCCGUCUACUUCAUGACUGGGCCGGUUGGCUUCUACUGGAGGAGGAAUAGCCGCAGCACCCUGGAGGAGAAGAUCGACCACCUCGAGAGCCAAAUCAGACUCCUGAACAUACGCCUUUCUAGGGUGAUCGAGAAUAUGGACAGAGGCAAUGACCAAUGAAGCAAGAUUUAGCUCAUCUUUGACACCAGCUCCCUUAGGAAAUCGCUAAGCACUGUCUCUCGUUCAUGACAAGUUAGUCAAGCAACAAACCGACUCUGAGGUCAGCAGCGUGCAACAUUCAGUCUUUAAAUGUUAAGAGUAGUUUAUCUAGACCACAUUCUGAAAGAAGGCAAAAAUAACACUUGUAAAAUAACCUUGAGCUGUAUAUUCAGAGAUUUUCCUCCAUGAGUAGAAUUUUAUCCGCUUACUUUUUUCCAAGCAUUUAAAACAUUUUUUGUAAAAUGUUUUUAUAAAGGCAUAUUGAGUAGUCUAUUUAAAAUUACUAACAGUUCAACGUAAGCUUUAUGCAGAUUCGACGUUUUAAAAGAAGGAAGAAAGCUUAAAAUAAUUCUACCAAACGCUUCUGGGAAAGAUAACUUGUGGGGGUCAGUGUCUCAUGUUAUUUUCAUUUUAUUUUGCUUUCACUGGUGACUUCCAUUGCCUUAAGUUGCCUUUUUGUAUACCUGCAAGGGAAGGCAUUUGUUCUAGCCCUAAAUGGAGGGGCAUCUUUGAAACACCAGGUACCUGUUAAAGCUACAAAGAAGUAUUUGUUGUGCAUUUGUCCUUAGACAUACUGGAGAGAGGCAAUCCUGAUAGAGUUCUAAUGAGCAGGUUCUAAUGCACAGCGGAAGUUGUACUUUGUAUAAGAAUUUUCCCUAUUUGCAUAAGUGGAAAUAGCCCUUUCUGUACACACACGCGCAUCUGUGUGUGCACACAGAGAAGAUACAUUUUUGGUCUGGGGCACUGAUUCAGGGAAUCCACAUGUUCAAGAGCUUGGCUAUGUAUCAGUAAAGCUGCAAAUGCCGUCUCAUCACAAAAAGGGUCUAUGGAUUCUGCACUACGAUCUAUGAAAUACCUUCCUAUUUUAGCAGUGCUUGAACAGGAGUUACUAAACAACAAAAUCAGAGUCAUCAUUUAAACGCUAGAAAGGAUGGUUCAAUGCACAGGCAGUGUGGAGCUGGUCUUUGCCAUAAAGUGAAAGCAGAAGUAAUGUUAAAUGUAUUGUCUCUAAAGAAAAGACCCCCCCCCAGCCCAAAGCCCCCCCAACUCCUUAGUAGCUUCAUUUAAAAAGAAAAAUAGCAGGAAAUAAAAACUGCUAAAAUCUUUCUCAGGACCAAUAAGCGGCAAUAAAUUAAGCAAAAUUAUACAUCGUUCCUUCAGGAAGAUCUGGUGCUUUUUUCCACUUGGAGUCAAUUUCCCUUCCACAGAGGUGUCUGGGGGGGACCCUGCCAAGACAGAAGGAAAACCCGCAUUGAGUCACACACAGUAAUACUUGACUGAAACAGUGAUACGGGAUUCAUGCUGUGUGAAAGUUGCCCACGAAGCAGUGAUGUAGGGUGUAGUUUCUUGGGGUUUUUUUUACCUAGAGCUUAGUUGCCGUUGCCUCAGAAUCAAGUCGCUCCUACACUCCCGUUGCACUCCUUCCUUUUAAAAAAUCGAGUUCAACUGCAUGAUUUUUGGGAAAGCUGGAAAAACAUCAAGGGAACUUGGAGAUGCUGGGCCAAAUCUUAUCUGCAAGUUUCCAAGUGUGCACAGAAGACAGAGCAGCUUGGUUGCUAGGGUUAGAUGGCACCAGAAUUGCCAUGUGCACGCGCACGUGGACACAGAGAGAGAGAGAGAGAGAGAGAGAGAGAGAGAACUUGCUACUUAUGUCAACAAUUAGGUAUCCUUUUAAAAAGGGUUUCAUGUAUUGAGAGUUACCUUACAGGCUUAGGGGUGUCUUUCCCUUCCUACUCCCCAUUGCUUGCUUGUUCUGGAGUUGAUCUAAAAUGGAACUGCUUCCUAAAUGCAUGUACAGAGAGACCACAAACACCCCCCCCCCCCCCCCCCCGUUGUUAACUCCUUCAAAUACUAUUGGGGAAACAAGUGAAUCACUGGAUUUUUUUAGUUAGAAAACUUACGUGCAACUUGCCCGUUUUGCUCAAAAGCGGCUCGUCAUGGUGGUUAUGCAGGAAGAAUAUAUAUAUAUAUAUUUUUAUACACAAAUGUAUCGCUGUAUAAGGUUAUUGUUGGGAGAACUAUUGAUGUAAAUAUUUCGCACACUACGCUUGGACGGUGUAUGUAAAAUUGGCUAACCCAGUGUGUGUUUUUCUAGUUCCCCCCUCUUCAUUUGUGUAUGGUCUAUUUUUAAAAUUAGACAGGAGCACAAACUAUUGUCCAUUGUACUUGAAAAAUGUUUUGAUUGUUACUGCAUAGUACAACUAUUAUGCUUUGGGCGGUAAAUGUGAUGUGGCAUUAAUCUUUUUCUUAAGUGCUGUAAAACGCAAGCGCUCUGUAGCUGGCUCCUCUGUUCUGUUUUUCAUAACUUCAUCCUGAGGGAAUUAGUCAGACUUCUCUGUUUUUGUGCUGUGGUUAUAUUUGAGUGUCUGGAACUGCUUUGCAGAGAGGAGAGUCCCUUCGUAGUCACUUAACUGGGGAACACACGGAGAGACAAGAAUUUAAUUGAGAACAGCUAGCUGUAGGGACUGCCCUGGGUUACAGACAGGGCGGGCAUAAAACACAGACCUGGGUGUUUGCUGGCCUCAUCCUGUGAACUUUACUUAAAGUUCAGCAUCGCUUACCUGCUGGGCUUUCUUGAGCAUGACCGGGGUUGCAUGAUCGUUUAUUCUUCUGUGGCAUCUUAUAUUCGUUUGGUCAAAGUUCCAGGCAGCAAAAUACAUCUUAGUUCAUUGCAGGCAAGGAAGCACACACUCUCCUUCGUUCUGCAGUUGUAAAGCAGGACCAGCUCUAGGCAGUGCUGAUGAUUAGCAUCCCCCAAGGCUUGUGCCAAUGGAGAGAGAAUGCUGUAGGGUCGCCGAAGCAACCCAUGAAACGGAGCAAGCUACCCCUAUCCCAGAGAGGAGGUAGCAUGCAUGCCCCCUGCUCUGUAGCUUCUGCCCACGGCAAGAUUGGCCCAACAUCUGUUGAGUGAUGCACACGUCCGACGUGUGAAGAGCCUGUGGGCCUGUCUACCCGUUGGGUUCCCAUUUUAAUAGAGGAGCCAUCCUCAGAUCCUCACAACCUGUGAGCUGCCGCUUGAUGUAAACGGACACCUCAUCUCGCCAGUAGUUCGGAGAUGACUUUUUGGCAGUCUAGGGGAUUGCGUUCUGAUUCUUCCAUCUACCUAAAAAUCCAACGGAAUCCUGCGCAGAAUUCUGUUGUUCCCCCAUCGGUACAGAUACAGUAGAAGCAUUGGCCCAGUGUCUCCAUCUUGUCGAGAAACAGAGCAGAGCAGCUGGUUUAGGAAUGCAGUGCUUUUAAAGAAGUCCUGGUUGUUUGAGUACCGUGUACGAAGCAAACCUGCUAUAGCUUAUAUCUUAAUGCCAUAUUUUGUCUUCCUGGGUGUAAAUCAGCAUUUUAAAAGCUUAUUUGCAAAGUUAGUGUGGGCGAUUUGUCUGUUUCUGCUGUAGCUUUUUUUGUUUUUUUUAAAUGAAGGUAAGUUCUGUUUCCUGUGACUCGAGGGCCAUCCCAGUAGUUUGUAUUUGGCAGCUAAUGAUCUAUCUUUACCAUUCAUCUUUUCCUUUUUGGGGAAGACAUGAAGUCCUGUGUUCUGCAUGUGAAUUUAAACUUCUUGAAUGAGUCCAUUGAGCUAUGAUGCCAAGUGCCAUGUUUAGAAACCUCUUCUGUUGUAAAGCAGAAAAAUAUUUUGAGUGUAACACUGUUUAUCUGCACUGAAUAUAGCGGUCUCGUAUCCUAUUUGGACAUCUGAACUCAAGUAUUAGGUAGUUUUUUUUAAAAGAAUCUAAAUCAAAAUGGUGUGUUGUUUUUAAAAAUGAUUUUGUUCAGAAGAAAAUGUAUGUAUUAUUUUAAUCUAUGAUCUUUAGUGGAAUUACGUUCUGCUGAUGUUGAGUAGCCAUGAAGAGCUCAAAAGCUAUUUUCUAAAUUCAGCUGUCCAUGUCUUUAUUAUCUGACCACCAGAUCAAUGUACUACUAUCUAGUGAACUGUUGGUAGACUGAUUUCACAACUGAAUUAUGGUAUUGUGACCAAUUAAAGCUUAAAUGUUUGCCAUA